CAGAUGCAGCCAGAAAAACACCAGGCGUGCUACUAUGUUACCUUCAAUUUAAAGCGACGGAAAGGUCAAUCUUUAAGAAAGUGGGGGCGGUAUUACACAGAAUAGUGCAGGUGUGCACGUUAAGAAGUUUACAUCCCAAUUAAUGAAAAAAAAAAAAACUGGUGUGAAAAACAACCUGGUUACUGAGCUUACUCUAAUUCAUGCGUCACGAGUUUUACUUUGAAAUUUUUAACCGGAAUAAUUCAUAUGUUCUGCACAGCUUGAGUCUGACGAGGCACCUCUGAAGCGCACAGUCUGUGGAUAAUCACAGGUGUAAGGCUUAAGGUUCCUCGAUAAGGGGAGAUAUAGAAGCGGCCGUCGAUUUGUAUCUGAGCCAUCUUUAAUCUGCUCAAAGUUUAUGCUGCAACCAUCUCUCCUGGAUUCUGUUUGCUUUUUUCCCCUUCUGAAACAUCUACAAUGCGGUCCUCCGUUGGGUUCGUCUCCAGUUGCGCUCUCAUCCUCUGCGCUCUCCGAUUGAUUGAUGGUGUUAAAGGACAGCGGCAGUGUGGCGAGACAGACUACUACUAUGAGUACACAGAGUGUGACAGUACAGGAUCUCGGUGGAGAGUGGCCAUCCCUCAAAACCCCGGGGCCUGCACUGGACUACCAGAGCCAGUACGUGGCACAGAGUGCACCUUCUCUUGCAAGGCUGGCGAGUUCCUGGAGAUGUCUGCUCAGGAGUGUACCCAGUGCGCAGCAGGAAGCUACUCCCUGGGCAGCGGCAUCCGCUUCGAUCAAUGGGAUUCCAUGCCUCCUGGAUUCAGUAGCCUGGCAACUUCCCUCGAAAACACUCGCUACGAAGAAAAGGGACUCUCCUGUAACAGUUCUUCCUGGGUACCUCAAGGAAACUAUCUGGAGUCCAACAGGGAUGAAUGCACCGUCUCUCUCAUCUAUGCUGUCCAUUUGAAGAAACAGGGCUCUGUGAGCUUUGAGUAUCAGUAUCCAGACAACAAUCUACUGUUUGAGUUCUUUAUUCAGAAUGACCAGUGUCAGGAGAUGGAUCCAUCUGCUGAUACGAAGUGGCUCAAACUGACCAAUCACGGUGAAUGGGCAACACAUACGGUGAACCUGAAAUCUGGCUCCAACAUCCUGUACUGGAGGACACAUGGGGUCCUGAUGGGGUCCAAAGUGGUGAAGCCUGUUUUCCUGAAAAAUAUUCAAAUAGAGGGAGUUGCCUAUACAUCAGAGUGUUUCCCAUGUAAACCAGGGACAUUCAGUCGAGCCCCGGGCUCCUCCACGUGUGAACCGUGUCCUCGGGACACCUACUCUGGCCACGGCGACAGCUCCUGCACCCCCUGCAACACCACCACUCAGUACGCAGCUGAGGGAUCAGCUGUGUGUAAGGACAGACCUCCAUGUUCCAGGAAGGACUAUUUCCAGAUCCACACAGCUUGUGACCAUGAAGGCAAGACGCAGGUCAUAUACAAGUGGAUUGAGCCUAAGAUCUGCCUAGAGGGUGUGACUGGUGCUGAGACGUUGCCUCCAGGUGGAGAACGAGAGCCGUGCCCCCCCUGUAACCCCGGUUUCUAUAACAAUGACACUGCCACCUGCUCCCCCUGCCCGCCUGGGACCUAUUCUGAUGGGAAGAAAUUGUGUAAGCAGUGUCCAGCAGGCACUGAGCCCACCUUGGGUUAUGAGUAUAAAUGGUGGAAUAUUCUUCCUGCAAACAUGAAGACCUCCUGUUUCAAUGUGGGAAACUCCAAAUGUGACAGUAUGAAUGGUUGGGAGGUGGCAGGAAAUUACAUCCAGAGUGGAGCAGGAAGCUCGGAUAAUGAUUACCUCAUCCUCAACAUCCAUGUCCCUGGCUUUAAGCUCCCUACAUCAGUGUCAAGCCAUUCAGGGGCAGAAUUUGGACGCAUCACAUUUGAAUUUGAAACUCUGUGCACAGCUGACUGUGAGCUCUACUUCAUGAUGGAUGUAAACAGGAAGAGCACCACUGUGGUGGAGUCAUGGGAGAGAACCCAAACAAGACAGACCUACACACAUGUCCUGACAACGAAUGCCUCGGUUUCCUACACAUGGGCUUUCCAGAGGACUAACCAACCUUCCGAUUUACGUCGAUAUGUCAAUGAUGUGGCACGAAUCUACUCCAUCUCGGUGAGUAACGCUCUGGAUGGAGUAUCCUCUGGGUGUCGUGCCUGUGCUCUUAGCACCCAACCCUCCAGUUCUAUGUGUGUGCCUUGCCCACCUGGACAUUACAUAGACUCGCACACCAGCCAGUGCACAGAGUGUCCACUUAACACACACCUCGUCUCCCAUGCCGCACCAGGCCCUGAUGCCUGCAAACCCUGUGGACCAGCCAGCAGGAGUGACAAGGAUCACAGUUUAUGUUACAGCGAUUGUCACUUCACCCACACAGAGGGCAAUGUCACUCUGACUUUUGACUUCAGCCUACUUGGCUCUAUAGGAUCACUGAUGAAUGGACCAAGCUUUACCUCUAAAGGAACUAAGUACUUCCACCAUUUUAAUAUAAGCCUGUGUGGAAGACAGGUUCAUUUGGCAGUAUGCACAGAUAAUGUGACAGACCUAUCCGUCACCGACUCCCAGAGAGAGAAGGGUGAAGGAACCAAUGCCGUCAAAGCCUUCAUCUGUCAAUCAACAUUAAUCCCAGCUAGUGGACGAGGCUUCCACACAGCACUAUCCUCGCAGUCUAUUAACCUGGCUGAUAUGUUCAUUGGAGCAACAGUAGAGAAUACACUUGAUGGAAUAAGGGCAAGACCAGAGCUAUACCCACAGACCACCAAGAAAGUCCCUGAUGUCAAGUUCUAUUACAGGUCCUUGGAAGAGACCUCAUCCUGCGAGUUAGGUCGGAGUGCAGUAGUGACACUUCGCUGUAACCCAGAAAAGACCACUAAAGGCGAGAUCUCAGUUCCCAGUCAGUGCCCUGCAGGAACAUGCGAUGGCUGCACCUUUCAUUUCUUAUGGGAGAGCUCAGGGGCUUGUCCCACAUGCACCGAAAGAGACUACCAUCAGAUAGAAGGAGCAUGCAAGGGAGGACACCAGGACCUACUGUAUGUGUGGAAUGAACCACAGCUGUGCAUGGGAGGUGUAACCUUGCCUGAAAAGAAAACAUUGCCAUGUGAGGGUAUGGAGUUCUGGGUACGGCUCGGUGCAGGCCUGGGAGCCUUCACUGCAGUGCUUCUCAUCUCCCUCACCUGCUACUUCUGGAAGAAGAACAAAAGGUUGGAGUAUAAGUACUCCCGGUUGGUGAUGUCUGCCAAUAAGGAGUGCGAGAUGCCAGGAGCUGAUAGCUGUGCUGUGAUGGAGGGAGAGAAUGAGGGAGACAUGGAGGAUGAAGUUGUGUACACAAAGCCUUCUCUGCUUGGCAAACUCAAAGCCAUAGCAUCCAAGGGAAAUGGAGAAAUAUAUGAAAAUGUGCAGCUAAACUCAUCCCAUUCCAAAGCAUUGGUGUGGAGCUAGAGGGGUGGUAAAGUGAGUGGGAGUGAGGGGUGAGACUAGACCUUCGAGACUUUCUACUGAUCAGUCCCUUUAACCAACCACCCCCUUUAUGAGCUUUGGUACCUGGAAUACGAACUGUGUGUACAUAAACACAUAUACACACGUCAUGCACCUCAAGCCAGGUCCAGAGAAGUCUCAAAAACACGGUGGCCUUAAAGCUUGGUACGACAGAGCCAUCCCAAUCGAAGCAUAGUACUGUGAAGCAGGUGUAUACGAGAGACACUUCCUGGUGAUAUUCCCGAUUCAGAGUGAUGUCAGAAAGGCUGUAGAAGACCUCAGGGUAAGUGAGGACCUAUUUGAGAUGUUCUGUUAGUUUUUAUUUAUUUUUGGCUGUCUAAUUUCUUCAGGCAGCCAUGAUGUGUUUUGCCAUUAGUAUCACCAGGGUUGAUGUGUGUUUAUCUUGCACAGACAUUUACACUGGUAUAUUCUGGCCAUAUAAAGCCUCUAUCUUUUUUGUUUGUUCUUUUGCUUUGUUGAAGACAUUGUAGUGGGAAUUGUUCUGCUGAUCACUUGAAAAUGAAGAUGUCAUAUCAUACGGAUGAGGUUGUGGUGUUGAUUGUCAUUGUAUGUCCAAUAA